UAGCCUUCGCCGACCUCUCCCUCGAUCCCUCUUACCGACUCUCACUCUCUUAUGGCCACCGCUUCUUCCCCAUCCCGUCGCCUCCUCUCUUCCUCCCCGCUCGAACCAUCUCCCCCCGCAGCUCGCGCUUCCCCGCGGCUCCUACCGGUCGAUCUCGUUCCCUCUGAACACUUCUUCCCCCCAUGUCCGAUAAUUUCCCUGCCGCGCCAGCCGCGGACGGAUCCUCCUUCCUGGAAGACGACUGCCAACCCCUGCCCGCCGACCCUCCCCCCGGAAGACCUGCUUCCGACGCGCCUGCAACUCCCGCUGCGCUCCGCCGCCGUAGAGAGGAGGAGGAGCGGAAGAAGGCUGGGAUGGUGAUCACCUCGAUCGUCCAGUCCCCGCUUCCUUCGUAGCUGCCACGGUGAGGGCUCCGCUCCAUGUGGGAGCGCGCCGCCGUCCUCAACUGCCUUUAUGUUCCUGGCUUUGGAAAUGAUCUCUCAUCCGGCAAUCCCUCCAGUUUCUCGCAUUGCGAUAGGGCAUUCAACCUGGGUUACAGCACUCUGCAGCAACUUAAGAUUGGUGGCACUGUGUCACUGAUGGGGACAUACCAAUUAUUGCAUCCCAUGGAACGAAGAUCGAGACAUAUGACUCUUGGUCCUAACCCACAUAUGCUAAUUUCUAAAGCACUAUGUAGCAUCCGUGUUGAGCAAGAAGACAUUCAAAAUCUUAUUGAUGAUUCAUUAAAAAUGAGGCAUUCAACUCUUGCAAAGCAAGGAUUGGUGAUCAUUAACAUUGGAUUUCUUAUUGGUACGAAGAUGAUCCAACUGUUGGCCAUCCAUUGUACUGUGAAAUUAGACAGGUUGAGGUAAAGAAGAUCAAGGCAAAGGGAUUGUCAUUUGCUUCACAUAUAUCUUUCCAGAGGGAAACUGUUACAACCAACAUGGAUGAAUUCCAAGAAGUUCCAGUGAGUUUCUCCAUUUUGGUUGGUUUUAAUUGAGUGAUGUCAUCUGUGUUUUGGUAGUUUAAACUGCACUAUUCUAAUAGUGAUGUGGCUUAAUCUAAAGUCUAUAACCAUUAACAAUAAAAAAAUGAACUAUAGAAAACUCAGUACAUAACUCUAUUAAUGAAGAUUAAUUCUUAGGAAAGUAAACUUUGUCUUCCUUUUCUUUCUCUAAUUGGUAGCAUAGUAUAUUUUUUAUUUCAGGUAAAAUUUUCUCAAAGUAGAAGUGGAACGGAAUCCUCUCUUGGGAAGAAAUUAAAGUUUGAAUUUCUGCUGGAGAUCAAGAAAAAUCACAAAG